AAGAGAUAAAGACUGUUCUGAUUAUGUUUGCACACACGCUAUAUUUCUCAUAUUCAUUAUUCAUUUGGGCAGCCGAUGCUAAUGUUGGUAUUAAAUAAGAUCUAAUGGCAAAACAAUGGCCUCUUAUAGACAAUUAUUAAAGGAGAAGGAAGCCCAGAACUGGGUAAAGGCCGCCCUCGCCCUCAACAUCACCAAAGACGGAUUAAAAGAUUUUCUGGAGGACGUGCUGACAUGCGUUCACCAGGACAUCUAUAGCACCGUUAGAACAUCCAAGGGUCUUCCAUCCGGGGCAGCAUGUGCACAUUGUUUCACAGAAAACGUGUUGAAAUGCACCACUCCUAAGAUAUGCACAACAACUAAAAACUGCAAAUUUCAUAACGGUCCUUCAAAACAGUAUGUUCCUUGUCCAGUCGGGAUUUGUGAAUGCGUCCGUGAUGAAAUAGUCAAACAUCACAGGUUUUCGGGACCAUCAUGGAAGAAUACGAACGCCGACAAAUGGAGCACCAUUCCGUGGGAGAUAGGCAAGUGUUUCCUGCCUCCUGAUGGCUACAAGACCGUGCCCUCCAUCAAAGACAGUGACUUUAACGGAGUGAUCAGCGUCAUGAUGAAUUGCAAGGAUUUCCAGAACAAACUGUCGUUUAACGUUGCGACACGGCACAAUUUAUUAACAGAGGUUCGAGACAUUGGUCGACGCGUACGCCACUCCAAUGACCAGAGGGUCAUGGACAAAGAACUAGUGGACUUCCUGUUCAAGCUCCGCACCCUGCUGGAGGAUAAAACUGAACUAGCAAACCGACCCAAGGCGCAACACGCCGUGGAACAGCUUAAGGAGGCACGACACGCCGUGGAACAGACUAAACAGGUAUGGCUUUACAAGAUAGAUGACGCAACUGAACUAGCAUACCGACCCAAGGCACGACACGCCGUGGAACAGAUUAAACAGCUGGAAACAGACGAUUUCAAGAUCAUUGCUGAGAAAGAAGGGGAGAUAUUGAAGGAAGGACUACGACUACGUUUGGCAAACCAUUACCGAACCACUUUGGCCGACAUGCCGAUAUCUCCCAUUCUUGGAGAUAAGAACGCCAAACUCAACAAAUUCUACGUGUUACCGAAAAUUGUGGAGAAAGAUCAUAGAAAAAUCGGCAAAAUUGAUAAGGAAGAAAGCGGACAAAAUGUUGUAAAAUUUUCAGAUGUUUUCUUAAAAGAAGAUCAGUUGCUCAGAAACGUUUUCCUUGUUGGAGAACCGGGCAAUGGCAAAUCCACAUUCUCCGUAAUGUGUGCCCUGGAAUGGACUCACCAGUAUUUACCAGCGGAGGAAAACGUCGGUAUUAAAACAAGCUUUGCCGACCCAGAAUUCUUCAAAGAGUUUGCAUUUUUGUUUCGUGUCACCCUACGAGAUUCAGGUAAAACGUGUGAUCUAGCACAAAUGAUCAAGGAUCAACUUAUACGUAAAAUCUAUCACGAGAAGGAUGCCGAUGAUGGCUUCCGGCUAUUGCAGACGAUGCUGGAAAGUGAAAAAUGUUUAAUCAUAGCUGACGGCCUCGACGAAUGGACCCAUCCGGAAAACGUAAACUGUACCUGCAACACUGAGGAAAAAGUCACCCCUUUCCGAAAUUCGGCCAACAAGGCCACACUCCUCACGACAACGCGUCCCUGGCGACUGUCACAGUUUAGAGUGCAGGAUUCAAAGAUCGACAAAUAUCUUGAAAUAGAAGGAGCUGCAGACACAAGGCAACUCGUGGAAAAUAUCCUCACCAUCCUUAAUGAGGGAAAUGAGGAUGAACGGACACCAGAGGCUUUCAUGAACAUGGUGUGGGAGAAGGGUCUUAAAGGAUUAUUGUCAGCACCUAUCAGUAUCACCCAGCUCGUGUGCCUGUGGUUCGAGGGCAAAUCGUUAACCGAUUCAAAGUGUGACAUUUAUGCUGGCGUGAUAAACAUGCUAUCAUGUAGACUUAGUGAUAUGCAAAGCGGGCAUAACAUUCCGGAAAUUGAACUGCCAUCUGUAUUAAACGAACAUGAAUGCUUCGUGCAAAAUCCCAUGGUUUACCUCGCGCUGGCAAAGUUAGCAUACACAACUUUGUAUUCAGAGUGCAGAGAUUCGUCUGUUGUAUUCAGCAACAAAACAGUCAACGCUUUGUUAAGCAGGGAGCAGGUUGAAUUUGCAUUGAAGUCAGGCUUACUCACGGAGAAGAAAUCCAACUCAUUGAUCAAGAGAUCAUCUCACUUUUCAUUCUUUCAUAAAACACUUCAAGAGUUUUUAGCCGCUCUUCAUUUAUGUUUAAAUGAAAACGACUUCAGUCAGCUAUCAAGCAAGUACGAACAAGAUAAUAAGGAAAAUAUCUUGGGAGAUGUUUCUCAGACAUUUAUUUUCAUAUGUGGAAUGAAGCCCGCGCUCGGUGUACAAAUGUCUUCAUGGAUCAAUAGUUCUAGACCACCAUACCAACCAUCAAUCGACUAUACAGAGGCUAGACUACUUCAGGACCUGAUUCUCUCCGGGCACCGUGAAGCCAGGGCGAACAACUAUGGUGACAUACCGCUCUAUCUCGCACACUUCUGGAUUGAUAGUAACGAGGAUGUCGUAGUGUUAAAAAAGCUGAUGAUGAUAAACAAGGAACGUAUUCAGUCACUAGACAUCAAUGAAUACAAUGAUCAAAUUAAUGGGGAAGAGCUGCAGGAGGUGAUCACAUCCUCCUCCGACUCCCUCAAAGCAGUGAGACUGGAUUUCCGUGAUGGGCAGUAUGACCUGUCCCAGUGUCACAGGCUGGAAUAUCUGCAUAUACGGGGAGACAAUACAACACGUGUGCAGGUUGAUCCAACAAAUAUUACAACAUGUGGCUUACAGUAUGUAUCAUCGAAUGUUGAAAUGUACAUAUUUAGAUUAUUUAAACACGAUCAAAGGUGGAGUAAACUACAACGUGUUAUGUUACAGAGCGUUAAGAAUGUCCAGUUACUUGUGGAUACACUACCAAGUCUCCCUCAGUUACAACGCCUUGUCAUAGGGGCUACAGAUCUAGGUGAGCUCCACCUCCUCCCUCCAGCCUCCAUCACCGAUAUUACACUAUGGUAUGUGACAAUGACAGCGGAGGCGGUGCGGAGUCUGAUAGAGACGAUGAAGAACAUACCACACACCAUUACAUGCGGCAUGCUGACCUGCAGGGUGAAACCUGCCAGUGAGAUGGAAGACAUCCGAGAACAUAUGGACAGUUCGCCGUCAUUCAAGGUUCUCCAGUUUCACGAUUGGAGUGGAGAGCUUAAUUUCAAAUUCACCAAAAUGUGAACAAUAAGUUAAAUGUUAGCAUCGAUUAUGGGAAUUCAUAUUUGAUGAAAAACAGUGAAACAAUCAAUGGGGAAGUGUCAUUCUAUUUAUAGAAAUGUAUGUUACUUUUUCCAGGAACUAAUUAUUAUCACCACUUUCUAUGUGUAUUCAGUUAAUUUGAUUUAUGUUGUGUAUUUACUUGCAUCCAAAAAUAGAUUUAACUGUACACAGCAAUGUCGUUGUGGCAGACGUUAUUAAACAUAUCUGAUGGGGAUGAAAACUUUCUUUUUUAAUUAUAACACAACAGUCCGUAAUCAACACGUGCAAUAGUCGGUUUAACUUGGACAUUUUUUAAAAGAAUCUCUUAAUAAAGCAACUCAUUUCCUAGUUUAAUGUGAUAUCAUUUGAUAAAUGUUACGUAUUUACUUCGCUUAUGGAUUAUGAAUUAAGGGGGAAUAUUUAGUUUUUUCUUUAUUUACAAUGGCAUCCUUGCUCAGCUGUAUUUCAUAUUCUGUAUUAGAGGAGUAUACCAAUAACACGUUGACUUUUUAUGUUUAUAAUCGAUUACAUAAAUUAAACAUUAUUAUGAAAUCUACAAAAUGAUAUUAUGUAUCAACAAAUGCUACAAAAGAAAUAACCAAACAUUGAGUAGAUUUAGUUACCAAAAUUAUAGCUAGAAUAUAUAAUUGCCUAUUAUUUAACAUAUCACACAAUUUGAUUAUAAUUGAAGAAUAUAUGAUUAAACGU